AUGGAUACAGAAUUACAAUCUUCCGAGCAACAGAAUAGUAAAACCGAAGACCUUACUAAAACUAGUAAUGAUCAAGAUGUUCUGCCAUCGGGAAUCGCAACACAAAGUAACGAAAAUGAUCCUGACCCUGCUACACAAUCAGCUGUUGUAAAAGAUGCUCAAAAACCUUCACCAAAGAAGCCUAAAAAAAGGAAACCUAAAGUUCCUCGGGAUAUGACCGCCCCGAGACAACCUCUUACAGGCUACGUAAGGUUUCUGAAUGAACGCAGAGACCAAUUGAGAGCAGAGCAACCAGAACUGGGAUUUGCAGAACUUACUCGACAAUUAGCUAGUGAAUGGAGUAAGUUACCUGCAGAAGAGAAACAACAAUACCUUGAUGCGGCUGAUCAAGACAAAGAAAGAUAUAUCAAAGAAUGGGCUGAAUAUAAAAAGACUGAUGCCUAUAAAGAAUUUCGGAAACAACAAAUUGAGCAAAAAGAUCCAGUUAGUACUAGUAAAAAAGUUAAACAAAAUCCUCCCCAUGAAGGUAACCAACAAAAUGGCCCACCAGCAACAACUCAGGCACCAGAACACAAUGUAGUAGCACAGGCCACACCCACUAUUGCAGCAAGGCAGCAAACUCCACCGCGACCCAGACCGUGCAUCACCCCUGCUUCAGGGGAAGAACUAAUGGGAGGAGACACUGAUAUCCCUAUAUUCACUGAUCAAUUUCUCCAGCACAAUAAAUUAAGAGAGUCAGAAUUACGACAGUUGAGAAAAGCUAACUCUGAUUAUGAGCAACAGAACGCAAUACUUCAAAGACACGCGGAGGAGGUGAGCGCGGCGACGACGCGGCUGCGCGCGGAGACGUCGGCGGCGGCCGAGCGCACGGCGGCGCUGGUGGCGCACCGCCGCGCGCUCGUUGCCGCGCUCGUACACGCGCUGCACAACAUCGCCUUGCCCUUACCUGGUGGAUCCAGUGGUGCAACAGAAGCGAAUAUCGAUGAAUAUAUGGAGAAAUUGCAAACGUUAGCCACGGAAAACAAAAAUAACACAUUUGUAAAACAAGCCCGUGAUGUUUUGAACAGAGUAGAUCUGCCUAUUACAUAA